AUCUGCUCCAAGUGGCGGAAAGAAGACUUCGCAAAUGGCUUUGGACGAUUCCAAUGGAUUGCCAAUGGAUCCAUUGGCAAGGUCUCCUCUCUGUCAUUUGGAACAGAUUCCAAGCAGAAUCCUUGACACACUGGGUUUGAGUGAAAAUUCCAAAAACGAUCAGGCGCCUGACCUCAAGUUUUGUAAGACGAGUUUUGUAAGCCAAAAUAGGAAUAGAAAUUGCUUUGCUUUGAUUGGUUGAAGUUCCCGUGCUAAGACUUGAUUCACUGCGGAUUGGAUGCCUCUGAGUCGGAGGUCCCAGUAUCAUCACAAUCUAAAGAAGCAUAUAAAAAGUGUAUGAGUGGCGAAGCUAUCUACUAUGGUGCUAUUCCUCUUGGAUUAUUGUCUUAUGUAUCUAUUAAUGCACUCUGUAAUUAUAGAAAACUGGGAUUAGUGGGAAAAGCGAUAAGUUUAAGUUUUGGAGUAUUUGGAUAUAAUGUAGGGAAAGUAUCGUAUGCGGGAAAUUGUGCAAAAAAAUAUGUGCCUGAGUUCCCAGAAUUAAUGAGAGCUAAAAUAGAUGCUAUACACAGAAGAAGAGAUCAAUACAUGAAUCAGAUCGAGGGAGAACAUUGGACAGAAGAUCAAGCAACAUCAAGCAAUUAUGACAUAAGCUUCGAUGAUAAUAGUAAUCAAUUUUCUGAUGAUAAUAUCGAUAUCAGUAGCGAUACACUUGAAACAGACAAACCAAUUAAUUUGAAGCAACAUACGACAUACGAGGAAUUACGAAGACAGAACAGAAAAGUUUAUUAUGGACAAGCGCCAUAUUAUCAAAGCCGUCGUCCUGUGGAACAAAAGAAACCUGUUAAAGAUAUGGAACUAUUAGAGGAUGAUUCAACUUUUAUUAUGGAAGAUAUGAAAUAGAAUAUCUUGGUUUAAAAGAAACAACGUGUAUGUUGUAGCUAUAGUUAUUUGUAGUUCUCAUAUAGAAUAUACUAAGUAUUAUAUUAAUAAA